CACAGUUCCAGUGCAUUGGAGAAUGGAUUUGAGUAGGUAUCCUUUGGAUCUCAUUCUGAUGCCCUUGAGCAUCUGCCUCACAGCAGGCUACCAUGCCUACCUCUGGCACGCCUCCAAUGCCAAAAACCCGGUCUCAAACGUUGGACUCAGCAUGAAAAGGAGAAAAGCAUGGGCUCAAACUAUAGUCGACGACAACAACAAGAAGGGCAUUCUCGGCGUCCAAAGCUUACGGAAUUCCCUCAUGUCGGCGAUACUAUCCGCGUCGAUAGCCAUUCUAAUCAGCACCUCCUUGGCUGCUCUGUCUAACAAUGCAUAUAAUUCGCGCCUUCUCCUUCGGCAUGCAGUCUUUGGGUCACAAACGGGGCCUACCGUAGCUCUUAAGUUUGCUUCAUCUUCGCUCCUCUUGUUGUUCAGCUUCCUGUGUAGCUCCAUGGCGGUGUGGUGCCUUGUUGAGGCCAAUUUCCUCAUCAAUGCUCCAGGGGAGUUAUUCCAGGGGCAGGCACAGAGGAUGCUGAAGAGGGGGUGGGUUUUAGGCCUUGUGGGGAGUCGUGCGCUCUAUGUCACGCUUUCCAUUUUGCUGUGGUCGUUUGGCCCUGUGCCCGUGGCUCUGUCCUCGGUAGCUUUGGUUUGGGUGUUUUAUAACCUUGAUUUCAUCAAUGGUAUUGGAUCCAAGGAAGUCCUCUCUUAAGCCCAUGGAAUAAUUGGUGGAGGUGCAUUAUGAGGAUACUGGAAUAAUAUUAUACCCUCAAGAGUUUCAUAUAUAAUUUUGAAUUGGCCCUGAAAUGAUCCUUGCCCUAUGAUCACUUAGCCAAAAUGUUCACAAAAGUAGUCUUCUCUUUCCUUUA